GAAAGCAGCUCUCCGUCGCCCUCAGCGCUCCCUGCCGCCUCGUAUACGGAUAAUUCGAGUAUCCGAACAUGUUUGCCGCGGUCAACCUUCCCUCCAAUUUCCAUUCGAGCAUGUCGCCGUCGUGCGUGAGUUUGCCGAGCAGCAGCGCCAAGAUGCCAACGAGAAGCCUCCGCCGCCACGCGCCCCAGGGCGAGCUCCAGCUCAUCAUCGGGCCCAUGUUCAGCGGCAAGACCACCGAGCUCAUCCGCCGCAUGCGCCGCUUCCACCACGCGCAGCUCAAGUGCCUCGUCGUGCGCGCGGUCAUUGACGAGCGCUACACCAAGGACGACCUCGUGAGCACGCACGACAAGCAAAUGAUCCCGGCGACGCCCGUGAGGCGCCUCGCCGAAGUCAACGAGGUCUUUCGCCAAUACGACGUCAUUGGCAUCGACGAAGGCCACUUUUACCCGGACCUCGACGCGUUCUGCGACAUGGCCGCCGACGAAGGCAAGAUUGUCAUUGUGGCGGCGCUGGACGGCACGUUCGAGCGCAAGCCGUUCCCGCAAGUCUGCGGCCUCAUUCCACAGGCCGAGAGCGUCACUAAGCUCAGCGCAGUGUGCGCGGUCUGUGGCACGGACGCCGCCUUCACGCGUCGCAUCGUCAACAGCACGGCGAUCGAGCUCGUCGGCGGCAGCGAGAUGUAUCAGCCCGUGUGCCGCGCGUGCUUUACGCUGCCACAGAAAGCGGAGGACGGCGCCGAGUCGUCGUAACGUGUUGUAGCAGUCAUUACCCACACAGAAUAUAGGAGACGCGAUGAUGUGU